ACUUGUUAAUGUUGUCUCAAAAAAACUUGAAAAAUGGGAAAAAAGAAAGGAAAGAAGACUGGAGUGGCGGAAGAAGAAAAAUCAAAUCUUGACACUUUAAGUAACGGAGACAAAUUAGAAACUAACGGCACAAACGAAGAAGUUUCGACGAAAAAGGGAGGAAAGGCCAACAAGAAAAAAAAAGAAGAUAAUUGGGAAGAUGAUAUCGCAAAUGAAAUUGCUGAAUUAUCGAUUGAAAAUCAGGGAGGAAAAGUAGAGAAAAAGGAUGAAAAUCAACAGCAAGAAGCAGGAAAUGAAGAGCCAGAAUUCUUUGAUCCAGGCGAUGAUGAAAGAAGUAAAAAAAAGAAAAACAAAAAGAAACAUAAAGAAGUUGUCGAGGAAUCUAUAGCACCGACACCUGAUGUUACUGAAAACAAUGAACCAGAAUUUUACGACCCCAGUGACGAUGAAAAAAGUAAAAAAAAGAAAAAGAAAAAACAGAAACAACAAGUUGAUGAAACGCCCGAGCCAGCAGUAAAAGCAGCAAACGAUAACGAACCUGAAUUUUUUGAACCUAGUGACGAUGAUAAAAAACAGAAAAAAAAGAAAGAAAAAGUUGAUGAUUUGGAUGAAACUGGAGAAAAUGAAGAAACGUCAACUGUCAAAACGAAGGCACAAAAACAAGCAGAGAAAAAAGAACGAGAGAGAAAAAAGAAAGAGCGUCAGAAAGCCGAAAAAGCUAAACAAGAAUCCAAAAACAAAGAACAAUCUGAACAGGAAAAAACAGAUGCUGCAACCGAAGGUGAAAAGGAAGAAAAAUCUGCGUCUAAAAAGAAAGAUAAAAAAGGAAAAAAAGCGAAGGGGGAUGAAAAAGAUGACAAAACACGGAAAAAGCCAAACAAGGCCAUGAUCAAGGCAAUGCAGGAAAAUCUGAAUCGAAUUAAAUUAGAAGAAGAAAGACUGAAACUGGAAGAGGAAGAAAAACGAAGAAUUGCGGAAGAAGCUGAACAGGAGCGGCUGAAAAAAAUUGAAGAGGAACGACUCAGAAAAGAAAGAAAAAAGCAGAAAGACAAGGAUAGAAUAAAAAGGCUGAAAGCUGAAGGAAAAUAUCUAACACCGGCGCAGAAAGAAGCUCAACGAAGAAAUGAAAUUUAUCUUGAAAGUUUACGCGCGCAAGGACUUCUUCCAAAUCGCGAUGCAACAGCUAAAAAACCUCAGUAUGGUCGUAUGAAGAAACAGAAAAAAGAUCGACAAACUCCUUCACCAGAGCAUGAUAAAGAGGAAGAAGUUAUUCAGGAAGAGGUCAAAGUUGAUGAAAAGGUUGAAGUGGUCAAACAGGAAGAGGAAGUAAAGGAAGAGGAUGAUGUUAUUGAUGACUGGGAAGCAAUAACAGAUGAAGAGAAAGAAAAUGAAAAUGAAGCAGCGGUGAAAGAUUCUAAGGGGGUGGAGACAAAGGAUGAAGAUGAGGGAGAAUCAUCUGAGGAAGAAGAGGAAUCUAGUGAAGAAGAGGAAUCUCCAGAAUCCGAGUCAGAAUCUGAAGAUGAUGAUCUUUCACCAAGAGAACGAGCGGAAAGGCGAAUCCAACUUCGUAAAGAACAAAACGAAAAGAAUCGUUCAUUAGAUGAUCUACGUUCGCCUGUCAUUUGCGUCAUGGGUCACGUCGAUACAGGCAAAACGAAAAUUUUAGAUAAAAUCAGACACAGUCAUGUGCAAGAUGGUGAAGCUGGCGGCAUCACGCAACAAAUCGGAGCAACUUUUGUACCGCUUGAAACAAUUAAAGAACAAACAUCUAUGGUGAAGUCGUUUCAGGAAUCUGAAGUUAAAUUGCCUGGUUUACUUGUUAUUGAUACACCGGGCCACGAGUCGUUCAGUAAUUUAAGAUCGAGAGGUUCGUCGGUAUGUGAUAUGGCUAUUCUAGUUGUUGAUAUCAUGCAUGGUCUUGAACCACAGACUAUCGAAUCUAUUACAAUGUUAAAAAAGCGAAAGACACCAUUCGUCGUGGCGUUGAAUAAAGUUGAUCGGUUAUACGAAUGGAAACCAGGUCCUACGUCGGAUAUCGUCAAUACGCUCAAAAAACAAAAACGACAUGUGAAAGAAGAAUUUGAUGAAAGACUUAAGGAAGUUAUUGUCGAUUUCGCAAAACAAAAUUUAAACAUCAAAUUAUUCCACGAAAAUGAUGACCCAAAGGAAUGGAUUUCGAUGGUACCAACGUCAGCACAUUCCGGCGACGGCAUGGGUAAUCUCAUCGCUCUAGUUAUGCAACUUUGUCAAACUAUGCUUCCCAAACGACUCGCAUUUUCCGAAGAGCUCCAGUGCACUGUGCUUGAGGUUAAAGCAAUUCAAGGUCUUGGUACAACCAUUGACGUUAUUCUAACAAACGGUCGAUUAAAAUACGGCGACACGAUCGUAAUUGCUGGAGUCGAGGGGCCAAUUGUGACUCACUUAAAAGGACUUCUGAUGCCGCAGCCACUUAAAGAACUAAGAGUCAAAAAUCCUUAUGAUAAAUAUGAUGAUUUGAAAGCAGCACAAGGGAUUAAAAUCCUCGCAAAAGAUCUUGAAAAAGCUCUCGCUGGAACUCAACUUCUAGUAGCUCAUAAAGAAGACGAAAUAGAUAUUUUGAAAUCCGAAGUACAAGCGGAAGUUGAUAAAACACUUCAAAGUAUAAAACUGCAAGAGCGUGGUGUUUUUGUUCAAGCGUCCACUCUGGGAUCGUUAGAGGCAUUGCUUUCAUUUUUAAAGCAAUCCAAGAUUCCUUAUGCUGGUAUCAAUAUCGGCCCAGUGCAUAAGAAAGAUAUAAUGAAAGCGUCUGUUAUGUUGGAACACGAUUCUCAAUGGGCUACUAUUCUUGCCUUUGACGUUAAAGUUGAAAGAGAAGCGCAAGACAUGGCUGAUAAUCUCGGAGUUAAAAUCUUCACUGCUGAUAUCAUUUAUAACCUUUUUGAUGCUUUUAUGAAGCACAGAGAAGAUUUGAAAAAGCAAAAACAAGAGGAGUUCCGGCACGUGGCAGUUUUCCCAUGCAAAGUACGUAUUUUACCAAAUUGUGUUUUCAAAUCACGUGACCCGAUUGUUGUCGGCGUUGUUAUAGACGCUGGACAACUCCGACAAAAUACACCUUUGUGUAUUCCUACUCGUGAAUUUCUAACGGUUGGUUACGUAACCAGUAUGGAAUUCAACCAUAAGUCCGUGGAUAUAGCAAGAGUGGGUCAAGAAGUUUGUAUAAAAAUUGAAGGCACUCCUGGUGAACCACCGAAAAUGGUUGGCCGACAUUUUGAAGAAACGGAUAUCCUUGUCAGUAAGAUAUCAAGGGACUCGAUCAAUGCUCUCAAAGAUUGGUUCAGAGAAGAGAUGCAAAAGCCAGACUGGCAAUUAACUAUUGAACUAAAGAAACUAUUUGAAAUUAUAUAAAUUUGACACAGGAAGCAAUACAGGAAGUGAACAGCAUUUGGGAUCAAAGGUCAAAUUGGUGUUUUAUGGACGGGAGAAGUGUGAAACCAACAAUUUUUCUGUCUUUCAAUGUGAGAGCAACAAUCUGGCUCAUUAGGUAAAUAGUAGAUGUAAGCCAAACGAAGUAGAGUUCAAGUCAAAUCUAGCAAGUCUAGUGGACGGUUUCUCUUACAAAAGACAAAUGAAAUUGGAUUCAAUAAUGUUCCAAAAAAAAUUUUUUUUUCAUGUUAUGGAGCAAACUAUGGGUGUUUUUUGGUGUUUUAUAGGAAAUUGUGUGCGUUUUUAUGAUUCUGUUCAAGCUUUUUCUCAAUUUCAGUUUGCUAUUUGUGAUUAGGGAUGUUCAAUUUUAUAGGUUUUCUAGUAAUGUUCAGUGUAAGGAUCACGGUUUAUAAGAAAUAUUUUUGUGGAUGAACCAAACAUACAGAUGAUUACCCCUGAAAUAGCUAUCAAAAAUAUGUAUAAAUAGGUAGGAAAUUUCAUGGUAAUCCAACCAAGAAUGGGUCACUGAUGUUUUCAUUAUGGUGGGUCUUAAUACUAUGUAAAUUACCUAUGUACUUGAAACUUGGAUUGUGCUUGAGUACUUCGGUAUUUAACCACAAAAUAAUCAUUUUGAUAAACUUCCUUUUUGUAACUAAAAUGCUGAUUUUCCACGGCUUCUCAGCCUCA